AUGUUCCUGGCAUCCUGGAUCUGGGGAACGGCAGUAAUACUUUGUUGUGUGUCUUGGUUUCUUCUAGGGAGGAGGAGAAGGCGGCAAGGUGAGCCACCACUUGAGAAUGGGUUCCUUCCAUACCUGGGCUGUGCCUUGAAGUUUGGUGCCAACCCCCUUGAAUUCCUCAAAGAAAAGCAGAAGAAGCACGGCCACAUCUUCACUUGCCAUGUAGCAGGGAAAUACAUUCAUUUCCUCACUGACCCUUUUUCAUACCAUGCAUUGAUGCGCCAGGGAAAACACUUGGACUGGAAAAAGUUCCACUUUGCUACUUCUGCCAAGGCUUUUGGGCAUGGUAGCAUUGACCCAGCGGAGGGAAACACCACUGAAAAUUUUCAUCAGACUUUCAUUAGAACCCUUCAAGGCAAUGCCCUAGAUGCCCUCAUUGAAGCAAUGAUGGAAAACCUCCAGUAUGUCAUGCUGCAGUCAAGAGCACCUAAGCUUCAGUCCAAUACCUGGGUGACAGAAGGACUUUAUACCUUCUGUUGCCAAGUGAUGUUCGAGUCUGGCUUUUUAACACUUUUUGGUAAAGAAUUUAAUUCAAAUAAUGACAAAAACCUAUCAUCAAAGCAGGAAACUGAGAGAGCUCAUAUCCUAAAUGCCCUUGAAAACUUCAAGGAAUUCGAUAAGAUUUUCCCAGCCCUCGUGGCGGGGCUGCCUAUCCACCUGUUCAAGAGUGCCCACAGUGCACGUGAGAAGCUGGGAGAGGCCCUCCUGCACAAGAACCUCCUGAAAAGGGACAACCUCUCUGAGCUUGUCACCCUGCGCAUGUUCCUGAACGACACCCUGUCAACCUUCGAUGACAUGGAGAAGGCCAAGACCCACGUGGCAGUGCUCUGGGCCUCUCAAGCAAACACCAUUCCUGCCACCUUUUGGACCUUGUUCUAUCUUCUUAAGAGUCCAGAAGCAAUGAGAGCAGCUACCAAAGAAGUGCAAAGUGUUUUGGAAAGUGCUGAAGAGAGUAUCAGCUUAGAUGGCAAACAUAUUUCCUUGAACCGGAAACAGCUGGAUAAUAUGCCAAUUCUAGACAGCAUCAUCAAGGAGGCAAUGAGGCUCUCCAGUGCAUCCAUGACUUUCCGAGUGGCCAAAGAGGAUUUCACUUUGCACUUUGAGAACGACUUUUACAACAUUCGCAAAGAUGACAUUGUAGCCCUUUAUCCUCAGCUGCUGCAUUUCGAUCCAGAAAUCUAUGCUGAUCCCUUGACAUUCAAAUACGAUCGCUUCCUGAACGAGAAGGGAGAGGAGAAGACCGACUUCUACCGGAACGGCCGGAAGCUGAAGCACUACUACAUGCCUUUUGGGACAGGCAUAGCAAAGUGCCCGGGCAGGCUGUUUGCUGUCCAUGAGAUCAAACAAUUUUUGGCUCUGAUUUUUUCAUACUUUGAGAUAGAGCUUGUGGACAGUAAUGUGAAGUGUCCCUCUCUAGAUCAAUCCCGUGCAGGACUGGGUAUUUUGCAGCCAUCCAAUGACAUUGAUUUCAGGUACAGGCUGAAAUGCUUAUGA